AUGGCAGCAGACCUACCGCCCGAACUACAACAGAGGCUGGAUGAGCUCCAAAAAGAGUUGGAGGAGGGGGACAUCACAGAGAAAGGCCACUACAAACGCAGAACACAACUGCUCAGUCAGUAUCUCGCUUCCCAUGCUCUCAAUGUGCCUGUGGCCGAACCCGAAACCCGACCCCGCGGUGCAUUAGGCAUACAUUCUGCGGAUGCCCCUAGUCCCGGUGGUCACGAUGGCUACGAUGGCCACGUUGGCCACAGAGCCGCCGCUCUUGCUACCCUAGGCGGCAGAGACUCGAAUCCGAGCAGUCCUACCGACCUAAGCCACCGAUCUCAAUCUCCCUUCGCCUCUGCUUCUGGCAGUGGCUACGCAUCCCCAGAUGUAGGCUUCCUCCGACCAGGCGGGCCUCUUGCCGGUCACCGACCUCCCGUGCAACUGCAACAACGCGAUUCCCUCUUCCUCCAUCCAGUCUCCGCCACCGCGACCGGCCCCGCCACCACCCCCCUCGACGACUCGGCGCGAUCCGUGUCCAUGGUGUCGGGUGACUAUGCUUUCAGACCCGAACAACAUGGGGGCUACAUGGAAUCGCCUCAGGACGCGUACCCCGAACAACACGCUGCAUAUCCAGACCAACAAGCUGCCGGCUACCCGGGUCAAGCAGUCGCCUACCCAGAUCAGUAUCAUCAUCAUCCCCACCAAUACGAGAGCCGGUCCGGCACCAUGUUGGAUUCGACCGGCUUCUUCCCCGGCUUCACCGGGCAGCAAGCCUUCGACCAAGCCCCCCGAGAUGAUUGGGGCUCCUCGGGGCCUGGUCCUGGGCCUGGUCCUGGUCCUGGUCCUGGUCACGGUCAUGGCCCCGGCCCUGGUCCUGGUCCCCAACAUCGCCAGUCCACCGGCGAAGCCUUUUCCCCCACCGUCGCCAAGGCGCCCCCCAUGUUGACGGCCAACGACAUGCCGCCUCCCGAACUUCUCGAAUGCCAGAUGCCCCUCGAACCGCGCGAGGUUCCCUUCGCCAUCUACGAUCCGCACGAUUCCAACAUGCCCAUGUCCCAGUUCGAGAACAUUGCCGCAGUGUUGCGACACCGGGGACGGACCACCGCUAAGAUGCCGGCCUACUGGGUGCUCGACAGCAAGGGCAAGGAGAUCGCGUCCAUCACCUGGGACAAGCUCGCUUCGAGAGCCGAGAAAGUCGCCCAGGUCAUCCGGGAUAAGAGCUCGCUCUACCGGGGAGACCGCGUGGCCCUCGUCUACCGGGAUUCCGAGAUGAUCGACUUUGCCAUUGCCCUCUUGGGGUGCUUCAUUGCCGGCGUCGUGGCCGUGCCGAUCAACGAUCUGCAAGACUACCAGAAACUCAACCUGAUCCUGACGUCGACCCAGGCCCAUCUCGCCUUGACCACCGACCAGAACCUCAGGGCGUUCCAGCGCGACAUCUCGGCCCAGCGCCUCAACUGGCCGAAAGGCGUCGAGUGGUGGAAGACGAACGAGUUUGGUAGCUUCCAUCCCAAGCGCAAGGACGACGUCCCGCCGCUGAGUGUGCCGGACCUCGCGUAUAUCGAGUUCUCGCGCGCUCCGACGGGGGAUCUGCGCGGCGUGGUCCUCAGCCACCGGACCCUCAUGCACCAAAUGGCCUGCCUGAGCGCCAUCGUCUCGACCAUACCCAGAAACGGUCCCGGGGACACCUUCAGUCGCACUCUGCGCGAUAAGAACGGCCGGCUGAUUGGAGGAGGCGCCAGCAGCGAGAUCCUCCUGUCCUACCUGGACCCCCGGGAGGGAAUCGGCCUGAUAUUGGGCGUCCUUCUCACCGUCUACGGAGGCCAUACCACCGUCUGGUUGGAGAGCAAGGCCGUCGAAGUGCCCGGUCUUUACGCCCAUCUCAUCACCAAAUACAAAGCCACCCUCAUGGUGGCCGACUAUCCCGGCCUGAAGCAGGCCGCCUACAACUACCAACAGGACCCCAUGACCACCCGGAACUACAAGAAGGGCGUGGAGCCCAACUUCCAGACGGUCAAGCUAUGUCUCAUCGACACACUGACCGUGGAUACGCAAUUUCACGAAGUCUUGGCCGACAGGUGGCUGAAGCCGCUCCGCAAUCCCCGCGCGAGGGAGGUCGUCGCGCCCAUGCUCUGCCUUCCCGAGCACGGCGGCAUGGUCGUGAGCGUCCGGGACUGGCUCGGCGGCGAGGAGAGGAUGGGCUGCCCCCUGAAACUGGACCUGGGCAACGACCGCGAUUCGGCUUCUUCCGAUAAAGAGGAGAAGGAGAAGGAGAAGGAGAGGGAGAGGGAGAAGGAGGAGGACGUGAAGCCUAUGCCCUCCAACGGCUUCGGCAGUCUUCUCGGCGGCGCCACAACCACGACCGAGGAGAAGGCCAAGAACGAGCUGAGCGAGGUCUUGCUGGACCGCGAGGCGCUCAAGACGAACGAGGUCGUCGUGCUUGCCCUUGGGGACGAAGCGAGGAAACGAGCAAACGAGCCGGGCACGGUUCGUGUCGGUGCCUUCGGAUACCCCAUACCCGAUGCGACGUUGGCGGUCGCGGACCCGGAGACCGGCCUGUUGUCCUCUCCUCACUCCAUCGGAGAGAUCUGGGUCGACUCGCCCUCGCUCUCGGGAGGGUUCUGGGCGUUGCCCAAGCAUACCGAGCAAAUCUUCCACGCCCGGUCCUACAAGUUUGACCCGGGCGAAGCAACGCCGUCGCCCGUCGAGCCCGAGUUCUUGCGGACGGGCUUGCUGGGUACGGUGAUCGAAGGCAAGGUCUUCGUGCUGGGACUGUACGAGGAUCGCAUCCGACAAAAGGUCGAAUGGGUUGAGCACGGGACCGAGAUCGCCGAGUACCGCUACUUCUUCGUCCAGCACCUCGUCGUCAGCAUCGUCAGCAACGUGCCCAGGAUCUACGACUGCUCGGCCUUUGACGUCUUUGUCAACGACGAGCACCUGCCCAUCGUCGUGCUGGAGUCCCCGGCGGCGUCCACGGCCCCGCUCGCCUCCGGCCAGCCGCCCAGACAGCUCGACGCCCCGUUGUUGGAGUCGCUGGCCGAGCGCUGCAUGGAGGUGCUGAUGCAGGAGCACCAUCUGCGCCUUUACUGCGUCAUGAUCACGGCGCCCAACUCGCUGCCGAGGGUGGUGAAGCACGGUCGUAGGGAGAUCGGGAACAUGCUCUGCCGGAGGGAGUUCGACUUGGGCAAUAUCCCCUGCGCCCACGUCAAGUUCGGCGUGGAGCAUGCCGUCCUCAACCUUCCCAUCGGCGUCGACCCCAUCGGCGGAAUAUGGUCGCAGGUGGCCGCCGAGUCGAGGGCGGACAUCCUCCUCCCCGCGGACAAGCAGUAUUCCGGCAUCGACCGGCGAGAAGUGGUCAUCGAUGACCGGACCUCCACGCCGCUGAACAACUUUUCCUGCAUCACCGACCUGAUCCAGUGGCGCGUGGCGCGGCAGCCCGAGGAACUGUCCUACUGCACCAUUGACGGCCGCGGCAGGGAAGGCAAGGGCAUCGCCUGGAAGAAGUUCGACACCAAGGUGGCGGCCGUGGCGCUCUACUUGAAGAACAAGGUGAAGGUCCGGGCGGGGGACCACGUUAUCCUCAUGUAUACCCAUUCCGAGGAGUUCGUCUUCGCCGUGCACGCGUGUAUCAACCUGGGCGUCGUCGUCAUUCCCAUGGCGCCCCUGGACGAGAACCGGCUCAACGAAGACGUGCCCGCCUUCCUGCACGUCGUUGGCGACUAUGCGGUCAAGGCGUGCUUGGUGAACCAGGACGUGGACCAUCUUCUCAAGACCAAGUCGGUGUCGAGCCACGUCAAGCAGUCGGCGCAGAUUCUCAAGAUCGCCAUCCCGAACUACUACAACACGACGAAGCCUCCAAAGCAGAACAGCGGCCUGCGGGAUCUGGGCAUCACCAUGCAGCCGGCUUGGAUCCAGCCGGGGUACCCGGUCAUCAUCUGGACGUACUGGACGCCGGACCAGCGCCGCCUCUCGGUCCAGCUCGGCCACGACACGAUCCUGGGCAUGUGCAAGGUGCAAAAGGAAACGUGCCAAAUGUCGAGCACCCGGCCGGUUCUCGGCUGCGUUCGCAGCACCACGGGUCUCGGGUUCAUCCACUCCUGCUUGAUGGGCAUCUACAUCGGUACGCCGACCUACCUGCUGUCGCCCGUCGAGUUCGCGCAGAGCCCGGCGUCGCUGUUCGUCUCCCUGUCGCGGUACAAGAUCAAGGACACGUACGCCACGCCGCAGAUGCUGGACCACGCCAUGGCCAUGAUGCAGGGCAAGGGCUUCACCCUGCACGAGCUCCGGAACAUGAUGAUCUCGGCGGACGGGCGUCCCCGGGUGGACGUGUUCCAGAAAGUGCGCCUCCACUUCGCGGCCGCGGGUCUGGACCGGACGGCCAUCAACACGGUGUACACGCACGUGGUGAACCCGAUGAUCGCGUCGCGGUCGUACAUGUGCAUCGAGCCCAUCGAGCUGUGGCUCGACACCAAGGCGCUGCGGCGGGGCUUGGUCAUCCCCGUCGACCCGGAGGGCGACCCCCAGGCGCUGCUGGUGCAGGACUCGGGCAUGGUCCCCGUGUCGACGCAGAUUGCGAUUGUCAACCCGGAGAGCCGGCUGCUGUGCCACGACGGUGAGUACGGCGAGAUCUGGGUCGACUCGGAGGCGUGCGUCAAGGCGUUCUACGGGUCCCGGGACGCGUUUGAUGCGGAGCGGUUCGAUGGGCGCACGGUCGACGGCGACCCGGGCAUCAAGUAUGUUCGCACGGGGGAUUUGGGGUUCCUGCAUAACGUCAGCAGGCCCAUCGGGCCGGGGGGCGCGCUGGUUGACAUGCAGGUGCUCUUUGUGCUGGGCAACAUUGGCGAGACGUUUGAGAUUAACGGGCUGAACCACUUCCCCAUGGAUAUGGAGGCGUCUGUCGAGCGAUCCCACCGAAGUAUUGUUCCUAAUGGAUGUGCCGUCUUCCAAGCGGGAGGUCUCGUGGUGGUACUGGUCGAGGUGGCGCGGAGGUCGUACCUCGCGUCGUUGGUGCCGGUCAUCGUCAACGCGAUCCUCAACGAGCACCAAAUCGUCGUCGACAUCGUGGCCUUUGUCAACAAGGGCGAGUUCCCUCGGUCCCGACUGGGCGAGAAGCAACGCGGCAAGAUCUUGGGAGGAUGGGUAACGCGCAAGAUGCGGACCAUGGCGCAGUUUGCGAUCCGCGACACGGAUCCCCCGGUCUUGGGAGGCGAGCCGGGCAGCAGCGCGGACCAGCAUCGUGCCUCUGUCGGGAGUCAGCGGAGCGCGAGCGUGCCGGCGGCCGGGUCGUCCAGCUUGAGGAAUGUGGAACCGGCGCCGCAGAUUUUGGGGCAGGGGUCGCUGUACGAGCAGCAGCAGCAGCAGCAGCAGCAGCAGUACCCUUACCAACAACAACAACAACAACAUCAACAUCAACAGCAGCAGCGUAGACAAAGUAUGGUGCCGACGCCCGUUGCAGAAAUGCCGACGGAUGACCAGGUCUUCGCUCCCAGGGAUGCGCCGCAGUCGUUCGACGGAGGUGGGCAAGCAGGAGCGGAGACGCAACAGGCGGGGGGUGUCGCCGAGCACGGCGCGAGGGCAGGUCAAGGGCCGCCCCAGCUGAGGUUGCCCGGGGUCGACGGGCGGGAGAGCUGGGAGUUGUGGGAGAAGGAAAACGAGCGAGAGGAUUGGUUGGCGGAUGCGGUGAUGCAUAUGAACCUCGCCAAUGAUAUGGAACGGAGGCAACAACAGGGUUGA